UCUUCAGAUUCGUUUUCCGCUCCCUCCUUCGCUUAGCUUUGAUCUGCUUAGAGUCAUUUUUUUGACCAAAAAAAAAAAAAGAGAAAAUCAAAAAUCGAAAGGGAAAAACGCUUCACCAUCAAUGCCGUUGAAAUAAUCGAAUUAAUCAGCUUCACACUCUCUGUAGCCCAGAUUUUUUUGGAGUUGAAAUUCGCAAAAAUCGUUUUGAUUUUCAUUUUUAAUAUUAUCUCAGGAAUAUUGGAUUCUCCAAGGAAACAAAAAGAAAGAGCUCUUGAAUUUUCUCUCUCUUCCUUUUUUCUUUUUGUGUUUGGUUCAUUGCAUUAGGGUUUUUUUUUUUUUUUUGGGAAAUGAAGUCUUCGUUUGAUAAACUUCGAAGAUUUGCUCUUCACAAGAACGAUGGAAAGGAUAAAUUAGAUUUUUUAUCUUCUGCUCAUUUGGAUGAACUCGCUCAAGCAGCUCAGGAUAUGCAAGACAUGAGAAAUUGCUAUGAUAGCUUACUUUCUGCAGCUGCAGCAACGGCAAACAGCGCAUAUGAAUUCUCUGAGUCACUGCAAGAAAUGGGCUCCUGUCUGCAGGAAAAAAGAGUGCUACCUGCUGAUGAAGAAAGCCGUAGAGUUUUGUUAAUGUUGGGGGAUUUGCAGUUUGAACUCCAGAAACUUGUGGAUAGCUAUCCUUUCUUGAUACUCUUUGUGCUUCAGCGCUCACAUAUAUUGCUCACUAUUACAAACCCAACUGAGUCACUUCUCAAUGAGCUUAGGACUGUUGAGGAUAUGAAGCGGCAGUGUGAUGAAAAAAGAAAUGUCUAUGAAUACAUGGUGACUCAACAAAAAGAAAAGGGAAGGUCAAAAGGUGGAAAAGGCGAAACUUUCUCUUUGCAGCAGUUGCAAACAGCUCGUGAUGAAUAUGAUGAAGUGGCGACCCUUUGUGUUUUCAGAUUGAAAUCUCUGAAGCAAGGACAAUCCAGAAGUCUUCUAACACAAGCUGCUCGUCAUCAUGCAGCUCAGUUGAAUUUCUUUAGGAAAGGACUUAAAUCACUUGAGGCAAUUGAGCCUCAUGUUAGGCAGGUUACAGAACAGCAACACAUUGAUUACCCGUUCACUGGCCUUGAAGAUGAUGAUGGGGAAAAUGGUGAGAUUACCUAUGACCCAAAUAAAGGUGGGGAAUUAAGUUUUGACUACAGAGCUAAUGAGAAGGGGGUUGAUGUCACUUCUGCAUCAAGGAAGUCAAUGGAGGUAGAUGAAGUACAUCUUUCAUUUCUCCAAAGUUGGAAGCUGGAUAAUGCAGAGGUAAACCCAGAAAAAAGCCAAGGGGAUAUUCAGGUCUCAAGUAGGGAGCAUAGAGUGGGUAGCCAUUCGGCCCCUAUAUUUCCAGAAAGGAAGCUUGAUCCUGCUGAAAAAGUAAAACAGAUGCUGCAGUCAUCUACAAAGAAGUCUAACACCUAUGUGCUUCCAACACCAAAUGAUUCAAAGCGUCCAGUCUCUUCAAGAACAAUUAGUUCAAUUAACCACACAAGACCAACAAAUGUAGCUGGAUAUCCACAAAAUUUGUGGUAUUCUUCCCCACUAGAGCAAAAGAAACAUGAGAAGGAGUCUGGUGAUGGUCAACUAUCAGAGUUUACCAUCUUGAAAUCUGAUUCAGUUCUCAAGGAGAGCAACAGUAGUAAUACCUCUGCACAACUACCCCCUCCUUUAUCUGAAGGACCAGUACCUACCCAGCUGGAUAUUUCCUCUGAAGCCAAAAAAAUAAAAAGAAAAGCUGUUUCUGGCCAAUUAACUAGUAAACAAUUGUUAACAAAGCCUGUUUUAUCGGCAAGCGGUACCAAUCCCUCUGCUGAAGUUCCCCAUUUAGCUUCUUCAGUAUCUUCUCAUUUGCCAAUUCCUCAACCGAUAUCACCUUCAAAAGUAUCCCCAAGUGCGUCACCUCCCCUUGUUUCUUCACCCAGAAUAAAUGAGCUUCAUGAGCUUCCAAGGCCUCCUGGUAGUGCAGCUGCCAAGCCAGCAAAAUCUCCUGCCAUGGUUGGUCAUUCUGCUCCACUAGUCUCAAGAAAUGAAGAGUUUUCUGCAAGCAACAUUCCUUCACUGGCAUCAAGUGUGGCAUCUCCUCUUCCGACUCCACCUUUGAUUGUCCCUCGAAGUUUCUCUAUACCCUCCAGCAAUCAAAGAGCAAUGGCAAUUCAUGUUUCCAGGCAUUUGGAGGCUCCUCAAGUUCCUGACAAGGAUGGACAAGUUGCAUCCCUUCCAUUGACGCCCAAUUCCCUUGUAAACAUCAAACCAACAGCAGGUGUUUCUGAAGUGGCAUCUCGUUCUGGCCAAAUCAGAGAAAACUACUUCAUCUUCUACUCAUAGGCCAGUGGUGGGAGCUGACAAAACCUGAUUUAUUUCCGACGGGUUGAAUUUUCGAGUCUCCUUAUCCAGAAAGUUGGAGUAGCUCUGUAAAUAUGACGAUUAGGGCAAUGUGUUUAGUUUCUCAUGUCAAUCUGUGUCAGGCAUCUAUUUUUAUUGAGAAUUAAUGAUGAGAAUUUAACGGCACAAGAUUUGAGUCAAUGUCAGAUAUCACGUAUAAUUCUUCA